AAACAAUCAUUAUAAUCGCUUAAAAAUCUCGAUAAUAUUGUAUUUUUCUACAAGGGAAAGGAUACAUAAUUUUCUAAAAUGGCUGAAAAGAAAGAAAAAUUAACUUCUCAUGGCAUUUCAUCACUAACACAAGACUCUGAUGAAAUUAAAGAAAUGUAUUGUGAGGAAUGUGAGAGAGACAAUGGAGAAUACGCUACAGCUGUGGCUUUCUGUGUGGAUUGUGUGGAAUAUAAAUGUAAGACCUGCAGAGAAUAUCAUAGGAGACAUUUCAAAACUCACAAAAUUCAAGAUAGUGACAGUAUGCCGCAGGAUUUCUAUUUUGAGAAGUGUUCUACUCAUCCUCAACAGCUGAUCAAGUUUUACUGCUCUGAGUGUAGCAAAUUAGCCUGCCAAGACUGCAAGGACAAUGCGCAUGGUCAAUGUGGUGAUGUGUACCAUUUACCAACAGUUGCUUCAGGUAUACAAAAAAGUGACGACUUUAAAGAUCUCCAACAUGACUUGGAUGAAUUGUUCGUUGACAUAAUAGACACAGAAAAGCUGUUGGAAGCCAAAAGUGAAGUGGUUGAAAAACAAGAAGAAAAGGCAACUGAAAUAUGUAAGGAGCACUCAAAUAAACUAAUAAAAGCUUUAAAACAACAACAUCAAAUUGUAAUUGAUGCUUUUGAUAAAAAGAUGGAAAUGACCAUUGCAAGGUUGAAGAAAGAAAGGCUAGAACUAGUUCAAGUGUUAUCUGAAAAGGAGAGAAAAUUUGAAAACAAAAUAACAAAAGCUGAAACAGAUAUAAAAGAAGAAGUUGUUAGCACUAACAGAGAAUUUAAGGAACUCAAGUCAGAACAUUUAAAUCUGGUUGGAAAUUUUAAGGCUCUUACUGCUGAUCUAGAACAGGCUCAGAAAUUAGGUAAAAAAUGUGUACUUUUCAUUAAAUAUAAGUUAAUAAAACAACUUUGUGAAAACCUUCAUCGAAAUAUCGAACAAAUUCAUCAAGCUAACAUACAGCACUACAAAAUCAAAAUCUCUGAAACUCAAGCAAAAGAACUAUCUCUGGAUCAUGAGACCAGUUUUUUCACAUUUGAAAAUGUACAUGCAUCAGCUGUAGAAAGAAAAGUUGUCUUUAAUUUUGAUAUUAGCGGUCAGUUUGACAUCAUUUCUUCUUUACUUGUCUUAUCUGAGCAUACACUUCUAAUUUUAGAUUGGAAAAAGUGUAACCUAGUCAUAUACAAACUAGAAAAGACACAGGCAAUUUGUAUGGAUGAAAUAAAAUUUGAUACAAAUCCGUGGGAUAUUACGAAAGUUUCUGAUUGUAAAGUGGCUAUAACAUUUCUAAAUGAAAAAAUGAUCAUACUGUUAAAAUUUUCAGAAGAUAUGAAAGUUUUAGAUAUCACCAAGAUACCAGGAAAAGGUCGUUGUACUGGUAUUGCCUACAAGAAUAACUACUUUGCAGUUUCAUAUUGGGGUACAGGUAUUGUUAAGAUUCUAAGUAUGUCAGGUGAAGUAGUGAAAACCUUUGACAAAGAUGAUUAUGGUCAGAAGCUGUUUAUUGAUCCUUGCUACUUGACUGUUAGUCCUGACAAUACAAUGAUUUAUGUUUCUGAUUGUGAAAAAUACGGUGUGAUCUGUUUGACCUUUGAUGGUAAGUUAAAGGCUGUUUACAAGGAUGAUCAUUUGAAUUUACCUUAUCAACUUGCUGUUGAUGAAUAUGGAUCAGUAUAUGCGUGUGGAGUUGAAUCUGAUAAUGUCCAUCAAUUAUCAAGUGAUCUCACAAAAGUUAAGAUUUUGAUAGAUAAAAGUCAUGGAUUAGAUCAACCAAGAUGUGUUGCCUACUGCCAAAAUACCAAGAGAUUGUUUGUGGGAAUGCGAAACAAAAUUAGAGUUUUCAAUAUGUCAUUAUAAUAAACAAUUACAACUGUCACACAGACACUCUUCGACAAUUAUUCAAAAUAUUCCUCACACUUGGGCCGAUUAUGGGUCCUAAUGAACACGUGACUUGAAUAUAGAACAUUUUAUCUUAGUUUAUAUACAAUUUAUUUGUUUGAUUGUGCAAAAAAUCAAGUUGCUUAAAGACACACUCUGCAUUCUUGAAUCUGUUCCUAAAAACAAUAAUUAUUAAGCAACAAAUUAUAAUUUCCUUAUUUAAGGAAACAACGGCUUGUCAAGAUGGAGUUUGAACCCAUGCGGCCGGCAAUUCACUCAGCCAUGUAACAUGGAAUCUUGAAAUGUCAUAUUUAGCAGGAGUAGUAUGUCAAUGUUAGGUGCAAAUUUACUAUGAAUACAAUUCACUGUAUAAAUUGACAAAAUGAAAACAAAUUCUUGAUGUGUUAAAAUCUUUUAAUAGGAACUUAAAAUGACCCUGGUACUUAAGAUUACCAAGAGAAGGCGUAAAAAUAUGAGAAAAUAAAUAUCUUUGUUUUUUUUUAAAUUUAUUUAUUCCAUAUUUGCUUUAUUAAUCAAAUGACUGUCAUAAAUUGCAUUGUUUGUGAACGGAAUUGUCAAUUUAUUACAUACCUGAACAAUAACAAAAUUUAGUCUAUUCCACUCAUUUUUUGUGUCUGCAUUCAGUAAAACACCAGAUAAGCAUUCAGUAAAACAACAGACAAUCUGAAAUGGUUUUUUUAUAAUCAUUUUGAAUAAAUAGUUAUAUAAUAUAUAAUGUACAACAACAGACAUAUAAAUGUCGACUUGUUAAUUAUUCUAGUAGUAAUCACUGUCAGCUUAUAAAAUGCAGAAGUUUCAAAUUAAAGACUGCAGACGAGUCUCGUAAAAGUCAAGAAAUAUAAGUCAUCCAUUGGUUUAUUUAAAUCAUUACAUAGAAUCAACUUAUCAGACAUAUGAGAUUCAGACUGUUUUGUUUUGUUAGUAUUUAAGUCUUGUUUUAUUUUAUAUAUAAACCACAUGAUUAUGGAAUGCUGUUGAAAAAGUAUUUUUAUUGCAAACUUUCUAAUGUGUGUAACGUUAUGUUCCUCUGAUUGUAUGCCAAGAUUUCAAGUGAUGAGAUGUUUUUUAAUUAAUGCAAUAUAUAACUUAUUAA